GCCUGCAAGCCGCCACCCCUCCGCUGGGCCACACCGGAGCAGCCAGCAGUCUGGACCGAUGUCCUGGCUGAAAUGUCCCGACACAUCUACAUACGAAACAAGAUUGGUGAGGGCAUCCAAGCGCCCAUAUUCCAGGGGAACCGGGGGACAUACUCAAGGAGAAGCCGCCUGAAGAGGUCUGACGGAAGCACAACAUCGACGAGCUUCAUUCUUAGACAGGGCUCAGCGGAUUCAUAUACUAGUAGACCAUCAGACUCAGAUGUCUCUCUGGAGGAGGAGCGUGAUGUGCAGGCCCAGGUCCAGAGCCAGAGCCCAAGCCAGAGCCAAGGACCGGGACAGAGCCGACAGGAGCGGGAGCAGCAAGCCACCAUCCAGCUAGAGAGAGCCAAGACCAAACCUGUAGCGUUUGCUGUGAGGACCAAUGUCAGCUACUGUGGCGCUCUGGAUGAGGAUGUUCCAGUUCCCGCCACAGCCAUCUCCUUCGACGCCAAGGACUUCCUCCACAUAAAAGAGAAGUUCAACAACGACUGGUGGAUUGGACGUUUGGUGAAAGAGGGCUGCGAGAUUGGCUUCAUCCCGAGCCCCCUGAAGCUGGAGAACAUCAGGCUCCAGCAGGAGCAGAAAAGAGGGCGAGUCCAAGGUAAGUCUGGAAGGAACUCUUCUUCCAGUGUAGAGGAUGAGGUUUCUGCCUCUGUCCGACCCCUGAUAUCCUCGGCAGGAAAGCAGAAACAAAAAGUGACGGAGCACAUCCCCCCAUAUGACGUUGUACCCUCCAUGAGACCAGUGGUGCUGGUGGGACCCUCACUCAAGGGUUAUGAGGUGACUGAUAUGAUGCAGAAAGCACUCUUUGACUUUCUGAAGCACCGAUUUGAUGGCAGAAUAUCAAUCACAAGAGUCACAGCAGAUAUAUCUUUAGCCAAGAGGUCCGUCCUCAACAACCCCAGUAAGCGGGCCAUUAUAGAGCGAUCCAACACCCGUUCCAGCUUAGCUGAAGUUCAAAGUGAAAUUGAGCGUAUCUUUGAGUUGGCUCGCUCACUACAAUUGGUAGUGCUCGACGCCGACACCAUCAACCACCCUGCUCAGCUCCUUAAGACCUCCUUGGCCCCCAUCAUUGUCCACGUCAAAGUGUCCUCACCAAAGGUUCUGCAGAGGCUCGUCAAGUCCAGAGGGAAGUCCCAGAGCAAACACCUGAAUGUCCAGCUUGUGGCUGCAGACAAACUUGCUCAAUGUCCUCCAGAAAUGUUUGAUAUCAUUCUGGAUGAGAACCAGCUAGAGGAUGCCUGCGAGCAUCUUGCAGAAUAUCUUGAGGCCUAUUGGAAAGCAACACAUACCUCCUUGGCGACGCCCCUCAACCCCUUGCUGGGACGCAACCUCGGGACCAGCACCCUCACGGCAUACACGACCACCAUCUCCGGACUACAGCAGAGCCAAAGAAUGCAACAGAACAACCACACAAGCGACCAUUCUACAGCAAACGAACGUCGUAACCUGAUGACAUCUGACGAAAACUACCAUAAUGAACGGGCGCACAAGGGACGCAAUCGAAUAUCAUCUGGCUCACAGAACAGCCGAGAGGCGCAGGACCCCUAUCAGGACUACCAGGACCCCUAUCAGGAUGCAUACAAGCCACACCGGAACCGCAGCUCCCCGGGCAGCUACAGUCAUGACUCCCGGCAUCGGCUCUGAACCUAUGUGAAUCGUCACGGGUCCCCAACUAUUCUAAAUUCUUUCCAUAAAUGAUCACUACAACAGAGCCAAGAUCGUCCCGAGUUUUCCUUAUUUUCAGGGAGGUUUUUUGUGUAUGAAACCUCCAAAAGAUUCAUAAAAAAUUGAGUUUCAUGAUGCGCAGCCUACUGCUGGACCUUCUGGAUUAUAUUCUGAAGACGUUGCAUUGAUUGUGCUUGCUGCCAUCAGCAGUUUUCACACGUUACUGAUGUGAAGUCACAGCAGUGGAAAGGUUGUCCAGUGGACACCGAGACCCUUGCCGAACAAUGUAAAAUCCCUCUCACCUUUUAUCUUACUGCAUGCUAAUAGAUGAAUGUCUGCUUCCUUCUUUAAUAGAUCUUUUGUGUCUAUCCUAAGGUCAGAUUUUCUCAAAGACAAGAUUGUAGACACGUGGUCUGGGGUUGUCUUGAAAGCGGGUGUAUGGGCACUUGUCUACCGAGCUGCCAGUUGAAAAAUUGGUGCUUAAUAUUAUUGAACUAUUUUGGUCAUCGAACGUUACUUCGUGGUUCAUCUAAGAGAGGAAAAGUGCUGCAAACAGGUCAGACUGAAAUGUAGAAAUAAGUGUUCUGCUUCUUUAAUCAGUUUGGAAACUGGAAUAAUACUAUUUGGAGAACCUUUAAGGAGCGUCUGCUCGAAAAGUUUCAAUUCAAAAGCAUUAAAUUAGA